AGGAGCCGCAAACUGCUCGUGUACCGAGAAGCAGAAUCCACGAAAAGCGGGUGGCGACGGUUGAAACUGCCGGGCGUUAUUUCUUGCUGUUCUUCACCAUUGUGCGUUACUAGUAUAGGAAUAUCAGGGCAUAACACAGCUGCAGAUUAUCGCACAGAACAUUGUCUCUUUCGCUCUCUCUCUCUGUCUCUCUCUCUCUCUUUAUCUGUCUGUCUCUCUCUCGCUCUCUUUCUCUGUUUCUCUCUGUGAUGCACGUUGCAGAGGCCGCCGGUGGGGCGACCUACAUUAGUGUCAAAACGAAAAGCCUCUACUGCGAUCGUAGCUAGUGAGCUGUGGUGGACAUUGAAUGUUACGGUCGUGGCUUAUUCUAUCAUUAUCCUAUCUUCACCCAGGUGGCAUUGCCACCCAGAACCGUUGAAGGACGUUGGUGACGCCAACAAGUUUGUAAGUAGUGCAAGCGGGAAUGCACCACUUGUGAUAUAGGCUACUACUUAACGAGACAAAAAAAGGCCCGGUCCACAUCUUGUGUGUAAAGACUGUUAAGUAAGUUGAACGGCGCUUUCCUGUCAAGUUUUUUGCUUCUGUUCCCGCAACAAAAAAAAGGAAACGUUGCUACCAGGCAGUGAAGUUAAGUUUAAGUGACAUUGCGUGUGUAUAAUCCCAGAGCCUUAAAUAGGGUUUAUCGAUGCUGUAGAAGUUUGAUAUAGCUGGUUCGUAACCUCUGGUUUCAGUUAGAAAGGCAAUUAAGUCUUAGUGGACAGCAAGCGUUGCUACUGCUAAGCGUACGGUAUAUAUACUCCUUUAUAAGUCAGUAUGGAUUACUUCACCCGUUAAACUGUGCUACUCCAACGAGUGGCAGCGUCAACAGAUGAUCGUGCAUCUGAUCGUGUACUGAUAAACAUUGGAUACAUAGAUAUCGUUAUAGUUCUACUUCGACCUACUGAAGGGUUUCCGUCUUCCUAUUGUAACUACCAGAAGCAUCGCAGUGGUGGCCGCGGUAACGCCUACGUGGGCCAAGCGGCCGUCUGCCCUUUGAUGACGUGAACGGUCACGCACCCCUCACCUCGAUAUGUUCCGUUUCUGCUGGCUAAGUUUUAUUCGGGAACCAGUGAAGUAUCGCACGCAAUGUUGGCCCAGAUUCUUCGAGACAUGUACAUCGAACCGGCCUUACUGGCCGAGCUCGACGAUGAGCAAAAGAGUGUACUCUUUUGUAAAAUGCGAGAAGAGCAGAUUCGCAGAUGGAAACAGCGUGAGGCUGAAAAUCAGCAUGAGAUCCCGAAGGCAAACGGCACUUCGAAGAAACGCGUCGGCUUUUUGUUGGGCGCCGAUGGAGAGCCCUGGACGUGGGUAGUAGGAGAAAGCGACCCCAGAUGUCAACCUCAUGAGUCUCACAGAUCGUCACUGAAGCCUUUGAGAAACCUUGAGUCAACCAACAACCAACACGAUCUAAGCAAUAAGGACACGACGAGUCUGUUGCCAACGAAACAAGCCAGUGGCCAUGUUGUGACUGGCGAUACACCUCUUCGUAGGCCGACGAGUCUGCCAUUAAAUUCGAACACCUCCCGAAGCCCGUCUUCGAGCCCCGUUAAUGGGAACUUCAACAAUAGUAACAACCAGCAGCAACAUUUUGUGUACAAUAGUACCAAUAAUAAUGGCAUGACGAGCCCUAUAAUUAAAAAACAGAACAAUAUCAACCAUAAUAAUUUUAACAACAAUAAUAAUAGAAGCAGUAACGGUGUAAAUAUCAGCAGUGGUGGUGGUGGGCGUUUGCGGAACAGUUUUCCGCAGCAUAUUAACAGCAACAGCUUCAUCACAAAUCAUAGACCUCAAAUACAGCUGAACGGAAAGACACUAAAUUCAAAUAACAGCUGCAGUCUAAACAGCAAUAAGCUCGCCGAUAAUAGGACAAUAAAUUCCGUAAAACCGGUCGUGGAAGUUCGACCUAUGGUCAAGCCCCAGGCCCCUACACACAAGAUCAACUUCGAACUUCGUUCGUUGGGUGAUCAGGACGUGGCACUCCGAAAUGUUGAGAACACUAUUAAUUCAAGCACCACCAACGAAACAAAGAACGCUAACGAGCAACUAUGUAGCAUUAGCGGCAACGGUGGUAUCGAAGAUGAGCUGGAACGUCUAGUGCGCGACGUGGCCGAGCUUAGUUCUCCCGUCCAAUCUGACAAACAACGCUGGCUCCAAGAGAAGCAAAAUAUUAUACGGGCCCGUGAUUCGUCAGUUCCGUCGUCGCCAGUGUCGAUCAUGGGGGGUUCUCCGCCGCGCCACGAGGUCUUUUGCAGUUCGCCUCCCAAAGCUACCACAGUUGCAAUAACUUCGUCCGUUAACCAGCUUAACGGUGAUGCAAUCGGGCUGCAGGUAACGGCUAACGGCUCGCAUCAACAGCCUAUUGGUCAGGAAUGGAACUCUAUCGAUGAACAAGCCUGGCGUGAACAAGAGCGGCGUGCGAAGGAGGCCGAUGCACUGAGAAGACAAGUCGCUCGAAAUGCUCGCGAAGAGAUCAAGAGAUCUUCCCAGAUAUUCAUCAAUGAUGACAUAGGGAUCGCCGCAUCUUCUCCCACGGUUGAUGAACGGGAAAAUCUAGACCAGACAUGUGUUCAAGCUCUUAGAACAAACGAUGGAAAAACCGAAGUUGUAGGUUCUUCAACUACGACCUUCGUUGAGCCAGCUGUUCAACCUCGAAAAGAGACAGUGUCUACUGGGCAAACCAAUGAAAUAACGAGUUGCUCAGGCCAACAGCAAGACGCUGGUGUUGUGGCCGCCGACGAUCCGUUCUUUAAACAGCAUCAGCAACAAGCAAAUAGCCAAAAGCCAGCAAUAGUAUCGCCAAAACCAACUAUUUUACCGAAGCCUUCGUUUAAGCCACCUGUGCCACCAAAAUUACCAUCCGUGAAACCAAUUAGCGUCUUCCAGAGCCCACCGCAACAGGCCACCUCUAGGAGCCGCGAUGCCAAGGUCUUCGAGCGUACGGAAGUCGAGGCAUGGUUUGCCACAGAACAGUUGAAUACUGGUGCCGUCAGCGAAGACUCAAAACCUGGAGAAGCGGCCGAUUGGUUCCACGGGUUCCUCUCACGUGCGGAUGCCGAAGCUAUUCUGGCGAUGUGGGGUGAGGGCUCAUUUCUAGUCCGAGUUCACGACAGGAUUAAGGGCUACGUCGUGUCAUAUAAGGCUCCAGAAAAGGUAAAACAUUUUCUUGUUGACGCGUCCCAACCUGGACAGGUACAGUUUUUCGGAGCAAACCAGAUCAUCUUUAAAACCAUUGUUCAUCUGGUACAUUUUCAUAUGUCACAACCGGUGUCCGUAGUUGGCAGCGAACUUUUACGUAUUGGAGUUCCCUUAGCGGUUGCGGCCUCAAUGUGUGGCCUACACAGCGGUGUUCAUCAAGAUGGGGCUACCCAUCAUCGAAGCUCACAGCCAGGACCAUAUUGACGUGUUUUACACAGUACAUCAUACAGUAACAUCAUACAUAAAUGAUACACCAACAAACUAGAUCUUGUUUCAAACAAUUCAACUUGAUUCACCUGGUCAUGGUCAGCUGAGCUACCACAAGUCUGAUCCCCAUACAUCGGUUAAGCGGAUUCACCAGUACUGUAUUGAGAGAUUUCCGAACAGCCCAGGUUCUUCGAUGACUGUCGGAUAGGUUCAUAUGAAGGCAUCUUGCUUAUGUUGAGCUCCAACUCUAAAACGGGUCGACCAGUGACUAUUUGGUAUAGCGUUAACAAUUCAAAAUAUUUUUAUACGUAGAGGUGUACAGACAUUUGUUGAAACUGGUUUGAGCUCAUACUGCCUUCGUAGCGGUAGCUACGAUUAUGGCAGUGUUGAAAGCAACUUUUUUUUUUUAUAUAUAUAUUUGCAAAUUGCUGAUAAUUAAGGAAAAUGUACGUCAGCUUUAAGCUUUUGAGGUUCUGCUACGUGAUGCAGCCUUUUGAUUAGGCGUUUAUUGCAAUGCCUAUCAUUCAUAUAUACAUAUAUAUAUCUGUGCUCCUUUAUGUCGUAUACGGGGGCAUACUGAUGACAUAGUUUUCUAUUACAUCAUAUAUAUUAUUUCUGUAUUUCAGUGAUAUAUUCGUGUAGAGAUAUGAAGUUUAGUUUGAAUUGACUGUUAUCUGCCCAUUUUAUAACAUAAAUCUUGCCCCUUUUUUUCUGCAGACCUACUAGACUAGAUAGGUGGAUUAUAUUAGUAUGAUUAAAAAAGCUAACAUUCCUACAAGGUAAAUAUUUGCUUUGGAACGCGCGUCAAAUAAAGAAAAGAAAAAGCAGAAGCAUCAUAUACACUUUACUUGAUAAUUAUAUAUAUAUAUAUAUAUUUGUUAAAAGGGAGUUGUCGCGACGCGGAGUACCCACACAAACAAAAUAUUUCGAGGUACAUAGAGUCGAAGUACAGUGAGCUGUUAUACUUGCCUGUGUCUUUGUCAUCUCAAUCCGACCAUGAUACCAAUCCCACGAUGACCAAGCUGUCAUGUGGGGCUAACUACAUAACUGAGUACGACUGCGAGUGAUCGCCUUUGCGCGCAUACGUCGGUGAGCUUUCUUGUCAAAUGGCUGCUGCCAUUUAUCUAUUGUGUGUAAUCGAUGAAGCCGUCUUUUCUUUGAAAACAGACGCUUGCGCUAGCGAUGCCCAACCUCAUCAGAUAUUCCAUUGUACACAGCAUGUCAUUAACUAGUCAAAGUACCUACCUUAUAGCAGUAACACGUUGAUUUUUCCCGCGUAAAAAUAAAUUGGGCUGUUGUGUUGUUGAGUUCGUGGAAAAAUCUGACGUUAUUGACGCUAACGAAACUUCGAAUGGGUAGGGCAAAAAAGGAGUGCAGUCGGAGGCGAGUUCGUUCAGUUGUGGAAAAUAUUCGAAAGACUUCUUUUAAGAGAGAUACCAUCAGCUCUGGUUCUAUAGCAUGGUGUUCGAGCACAGCGAUCGCUGGAUUAAUAUCAGAUGAUUAUGUCUUAACGGUAAUUUUAUAAUAAUGAGUCGCACAGGAGAGAGAAAGAGCAUUUUUCGUAAUAGUGGCGCAUAAUGUUGUUGAAAUAUAGCACGUGGUGUUCUGGGCAGAUCAUCCAUGCACAGAAGCGUGGAUAAAAAUAAGGUGGAAACGAAAAGAUAUUUACGUGAUCCCAAUUUUGGUGCGUUACCUUGAAACUUUUUCCAUUCUUCGCCUUUUCUUCAUGUUGAUGUUGUUGUUGCGCAGAGUCGGCCGAAAACAGUCUGAUCAAGGCAAAUCAAUCACAAAGUAAUAACAUAAUUAUCACUUCUCUAUUUUGCUUCUAUUGAUAAGGGAAAAAGUUGUCACCAGCGCGUCCAUGAAUGUUGAUCACAAGCUAACCCACUUCGAAAGUGAUACCGCCGUUGACGGUUAUUUGGUUUACUGUCGCCGCUGUUACGGUUCUACCAAAUAUCGAAGUGACAGGGCAAUAAAUAGUAUUUUUUCAACUGUGAAGCGAUA